GACAAUGGUUUAUGAAUUUUGGUCUGGUCGACUACAUCGAUCAACUAAAAUAAGUGUCGACCAACUGGUCGCACUAAUUGAAUGUCAUUCCGUAUGAAAUUCGUUCACAUUAUAUGUCGUUAUAUAGGUUCCGGCGAUCAAGACAAAGGGUAAUACAAAGAGUGGGGCAAAAAAACGGGAAAGCCAAAGGGAUAAGGCGACCGAGGAGAUGAAGCUGGGCAUCAACUCAAACUCACGCUCUAUUCUUCUUUCUCAAAACCCUCGAUUUUGUGCUGCUGGCAAAGUUUCAAACCUCAUAUUCAGGGCUCUCUCCAAUUCACCGACAUCCGGCGGCCGGCCAGAACCAAUUCCAGCCUGCCGCCUGAAUAACUACUCCGGCAUCAAAUUAGAGGAAACUGUAGGACCUAAUUCCGGGAAGCUCAGGAUCGAUUCAUGGAUCUCUUCCCGCGUUGAUGGCAUCAGCAGAGCUCGAGUUCAGUCCAGCAUUCGUGCGGGACUCGUCUCUGUUAAUGGCCGCAUCAUUGAUAAGGUUUCGCACACGGUGAAAAACGGGGAUAAAGUCAAUUGCGAAAUUGCUGAAUUGCAGCGUUUGACGGCAGAACCAGAAGAUAUACCACUGGACAUUGUUUAUGAAGAUGAUCAUGUGCUUGUUGUUAACAAGCCUGCACAAAUGGUCGUCCAUCCAGCACCUGGAAAUGCCACUGGGACGCUUGUAAAUGGAAUCCUUCAUCAUUGUUCCCUUCCCAUUGGGUCAUUUCCCAGCCAUGAAGAACUUUCUGAUGGGGAUGUUGCCUCAAAUGACGAUAUGGAUCAAGAUCUUGUUGAGGAUGAUUAUUAUUCAACAAGAGAUGCAGCUAUACGCCCGGGAAUUGUACACAGAUUAGACAAGGGAACCAGUGGGUUGCUCGUUGUCGCUAAGGAUGAGCAUUCUCAUGCCCAUCUAGCAGAGCAGUUCAAAAAGCAUAGCACUAAGAGAGUCUAUGUUGCUCUUACUUGUGGAGUGCCAGCACCUGCUUCUGGACGCAUAGAUGUUCCAGUAGGCCGUGAUCCAAACAACAGACUUCGUAUGGCUGCUGGGUAUAAAUUGAGGAAUAAUGGGAAAACCCGGGAUGCUGCUAGUAGAUACCAAGUAAUUGAAAUUCUCGCCGGUGGUGGUUCUGCUUUGGUUGAAUGGAGAUUGGAAACCGGGCGCACUCAUCAGAUCCGAGCACAUGCAAAGUACCUCGGCACUCCCCUGUUAGGCGAUGAGGUUUAUGGAGGAACAAAGGUCAUGGCUCUCUCAUUGCUUAAGAACCGGUGCCCUUCUAAGUUCCAUGGCAAACUUCUGCAACUAGCCUCUAGUUUGGAAAGGCCUUGUCUCCAUGCUUUAACUCUUGGGUUUACACAUCCAAAGACAGGGGAGAGUGUACACUUCACUCAGGUACCGCCUGCAGAUUUUGCUGAGAUUUUAACUCAACUCCGCACCAUUAACACAAUGAAGGUAUUGUAGAAUAUGAAUUCAUUGUCCCAUAAAAAGUCUCCACAUUGACCCCUCACUCUUAUUAAUGUGGGACCUAUAAGUUAUUACCAGAAAAUUGAGUGUACCCCAGAGUAAUUUUUCCUGAUUAAGUUGUGUGGUUGAGAUAGCUAUGCAGAGAUGAGAAAUAAUAUGUAUCGCACCGUUCUUCCUUCAAAAAGAAAUGUGGUUCGUUUUU